AUGGAAGUAGUGGUUUAUUUGGCACUGUUUGUGUUAGCAUCUGUAUUUUGUUUUUCAUCAUUCAUCCUGAUUGUUAUGUGUCGACGGCGUGCACAGGCAAGGGAACGUUUGCAUGCAGCGAUGGCAUCGUUGAGUUUUACUAAAGUUAAUAACGAAAAUGUAGAAAGUGUAUUGCAACUCGGACCACUUAUUGCCCAAGUUCUGGAUAGCAACCAGUGGAUCUAUGAUGUCUCCGGAAUGCUGCAGCAUUGUGUUGUAGUUCUGAAACUGUGUCAUGCUUUAACUGAGAAACUUUCCGUUAUUCAGCUUAAUUCAAUUGCACCAAAACUUAAUGAACAGGUGGUUACAGCUACUGCGCGAAUCAUGCCUCGUUUUGAUGAUUUGAUACGAACAGUGGCUGCUAAUCAGGUAGAUAUACGCUUGCUUGAAGCUCGUGCUUCUUCUCUUGUCAGUGCUUGCUGGGCAUUAGCAUUCCCUUUUACAGUAAUUAGUCCGAAACAUAUGGAUUCAUUGGAUGGAGUUUUAAAUGAAAUGGAGGAUCAUGUUGAAGCAUUACGUUUGAUUGUUGGACAUAUGGAAGAAAAUUUCAUGGUACAAGACAAAAACUGUAAUCAGAAAUUGCCAUCAUCAUUGGCAGUUGUUGAAGAGACACCAUUGAUGGAAUCUUCUACAAAUAGAAAUGAUUCUAUAACCGAUUCUUUGCAUAGCGAUGAAGCUCCAGCUGAUCCUAUGGCACCAACAAAAUAA